UUCAACAACAAAUCACUAGAUGAGAUAUAUUAUUUCUUAAUUAUUUUCAUGUUAAAUUUUUUCGAAAGUUUUAUUAAUAGACAUAUCUUUGGUACUUUAAAAGAUAAUGACUUGAAAUUAAAAUUGUUUCUUUAUAAUCAUAAUCUGCAUGUGUGGUUACAUACCCCAUAACUCUAAUUGUUUUUUUGACAGAAUUAUGCCCUUUUUGUACUUACUUUUGCAAUCUUUGAUUUCUGGAUAUAACUAUUAUGUUUAAGUCAGCUUUUCUCAUAAACUAUCAAAGCUAUUGUAACAGUUUUUCACCAUUAUAAGCGGACGCUGUAUAUCAAGAAACAUUACUCUAUCCUGCUUUUUUAUACGCCCAUUUGAAAACAACAGCUCUUGUUUGCUGUCUAAUGUCUAAAUAAAUUGUAAAUAAAAUUGCAGGUACCUGUUUAACUCCAUUUGUGCCUAUUGCUGCAGCCAGGAAAGGAGUUCUGUUUUCGUCCUUAACCGAAAGUUUCACCUUCCAUGUUGUUUAACAAAGAGUGCAGUUUAUGAAAUGCUGUGUUUGGAUGCACAAAAUGAGAAAGUAACACCAAUUAGUUACAGCCACAUGAUGUUAAUAUGGAGAAAACAGUUAACACACAUUAAAAUCCCCAAGAAAUCAAGAUUCAGUCAGUGUGAUGUCUGCAUGAAAUUAAAAGACAAACUUGCCACCUGUCAAGACAAAACACAGAGAGAGGAACUUAUACAGAAGAGAAAGAAGCAUUUGGAGCAGCAGAACGCAGAGAGGCAGAAAUAUUAUAAACACAUAUCAAAGGCAAAGUUUACACCAUCCAAAUACGUCAGUAUUAUACUGGAUGCAAUGGAUCAAGAAAAAACGUCCAUUCCAAAGAUGUACGAAACACCCAAAUCAUUAGGAAACAUUUGGAAAGUGAAAAUUAACCUGAUGGGGGCAAUAGUACAUGGAUAUGGAUUGUAUGGCUUCUUCGACAGUUUCCAGUGGAGUCAUGGUGCAGCUUAUACCAUUUCAAUCCUGGUACAAGUACUUUUGUUGUUGGACAACAUUCCAGACACGCUGUACAUACAGCUAGACAACUGCCUUGGUCAGAACAAGAACAGGUACGUUCUUGGGUUUCUGGCUAAACUUGUAGAAGAAAACAUAUUUAAAAAAGUAAAACUAUCUUUCCUGAUGGUGGGCCAUACGCAUGAAGACAUCGAUCAGCUAUUUAGUCGCUUCUCAGUAUGGUGUGCACGUGAAAACAUUUUCACACUAGAUGAGCUAAUAGGUGGGUUUGAAAGAUGUUCAAAGAAGGGACCAAUAACUGGUAUAAAGACAAGUGAGGUGUAUGAUUUUCAAGACUGGCUGAAGUUAAACAAUAUAAAAAACCACUCAUACCCACAUGUAUUCAAAUUGACAAGAAAUGAAAAUGGUAAAGCAGUAAUAAAAUACAAGAAGUGGACAACAGACAAGGUAUGUAAUAAACUUUAGGCAAAUAUGUACUGUAUAACAACAUUAAGGAGUAUGCCAGUUGUUUGCCAUUAGUCCAUCAGAUUAUAAUGCAUAUGGGAACAAAUUAAUUCUGAUGUUUUCAAACAUGGUUAGUGCAAUUCCAAGCAAAAAUAAAUAAAUGAAUAUACAAGAAACGCGGCAAUGCCACCAAACCAGGUUUUCAACACUUUUCAUAAGAAUAAACAAGAGUGCCAGAAUGUCACAAUAUACGCCCGUCAAAGCAAAUUUCUUUACUCUAGCAUCUGUAUUUGCAGAUGUAAUUUUAAUUUUGUGGUUGUUUAGUAAUCAUUGUAAUUCUUUUGUUUUUCUAAGUCCACAAAAAAAUUCCUUACCAGGUAGAGAUACCUUAAAAUACACCUAAAAUUAGAAAGUAACAACU